GAUGGCAGCAUCGGACGCACGCAGAAUGAAAUAAAUAACCAGCUCCUGUUGGGGAGAUGGGUAAAUUUAUUUAUAUAUGUGUUUGCGGUGAGAAGAAGCAGGGGGGGGAAAAAAUCCCCAGAUAGAAGCGAAAACAAGCAGGCUGGAAGAGUGCGUGACACAGACGGAAGUUUGACCGGAUUCAGCCGCGGGUAGAGGAGAGGGAACGCCGCGCCGCUGAUCCAGGGCGUUGAUGUUAGGACAUACGGCCAACCGAGAGGCACCAUCCAGCAGACAACUGGUGGAAGGAAUUCAAGCAAAGAGGAAGUCAGAAAUCCAGCUGGAGUUGGCCUCAGCGCCACAUUUAUGAACAUUUCAGUUUCCCUUUGUUCUUCUGGCCACCUAGGAGAGCCGGUGCAAGAUUAAAUACACACCCCGUCCACCGUGGAUCAUUGGAGCGCCGCUUAAAUCUGCCCCCUCCCUCCUGCUCCCAUGGACUGUAUGGCAGAGUAAAUUUUCCAAAGUAAUUUCCUUAUCUCUGCUCCGAGGAAGUGUUCCGAUAAACUCAGAGCAGUUCAUGUUUUCCCAAGGGGACUGAAACGAAGGGAACCUGCCUGGAACGGGUUCUCUCAGCAACUUCAGGAACUUUAAGGGCAAACUCUGGCCGCGGCGCACGGGAUGGGGAACAAAAACGCCGUUCCACCCAGAGGUUCUGGAGGCGGGGUCACUGGGAAAGACGACGCAGCAUUGGUCAGCAGCGCUACAGGAGGCGUCGCCGCAGAUGAAGCUCAGAGCCCCAGUCUGGAGCUGCUGGCCUCCCUGCAGGCCCUGGGAGAAAGUGACGACUACACUCUGCUGCCGCAAUCCCUGCACCAGAUUGCAGAGACCUACUCACUGAGGCAGGACCACCAGUGGGCCGUUCAGUUCCUACGGUUGGAGAAGCUCUACCAUGAACGCCUGCUCUCUAAUCUCACAACCCUGCAGGAGAAAUGGGAGAGUGAGUUUAAUGAGGAGGAGGACGGUGAGAGCCGGGUGCCUCCUGAAGAGGACAGCGUCAGCCGGAAACACAUUGAGAAGCUGAGCCACAUCUGCAGGACACACCACAGACCGUCCUUCAGCCCAGACCAGAAAAACCUGAACGCAGCGUUCAUAGACACUCAGAUUGGGACGGAAACUCUGCAGUCUCAUCAUGGCAAAGCCAACAAGCCUGAGAACACCCAGAGCAUGAUCUCCCAGUCAGACUUUUCCUCACUACAGAGGGAGGAAGAGGAAGAGCGGCAGGACGAAGGGGAAGAGGCCCUCGAGGAAGGGCAGGAAGUGGAAGCAGAGGAGCAGGAAGUGGAAGCAGAGGAGCACGCGGCGCACGGCGAGGACACACCGGAGGAAGAGGAGGUGAAGGUGGAGUGGCCGGCCGGAGUAGCGCAGGCGUCGGACAAAGACCUGGCCAAACUCUCCAUCGCUGAAGGCAGCUCCUCCCCGGACGGCCUGGUGUCCAUCCUGAAGAGGAGGCGAGCCUCGCUGGACGGACUUCCUCCCCCGAGCCCCGCCACCACCGCUGACAAACAGACGUCCAAACGCAAAGUUCGCUUCAGCGAACCAGAGGACGGCGUAGACCAAGAUGACGUCGGAGGAGACUCCUGUCUCAUCCUGCUGCUGCUGUGUCUGGUCACCGUGGUGAUCAGCAUAGGCGGGACUGCGUUCUACUGCACUCUGGUGGACACUUACUCCAACAUCUGCACCGACUUCGCUCAGAACGUCGACUUCUACGUCACGAACGCGCGGGGUUUCCUGGAAGGCCUCGGACAGUGGCUCCCCCUGCAGACUUAGGGCCAGCCGGGAUUCAAGGCUCUCUGGGCGUGAUGGAAAAGACUUCUGGUUGCCGGCGGCGACGGGAAAACCUGGCUGGACCUCCGGAAACAGCGUCAACCCCCGCUGCUGCUGUUUUGCAGAGUCUGAAUCUCACUGUUUACUGGACAUGUAUGUACACAGUGCCUUGCAGAAGUAUUCACAACCGUGAACUUUUCCAGGCUUUUAUUGUGUUAUAGCUGCUAGCUUCAGAGACGUUUAAUGUUAAUGUGACGAACUUCAGCAUAGUGAAUAAUUGUAAGGUGGAAGAAAAAUGAAACAUUAUUUGUAAAAGUAAUGAUAAAGUUUGUCUAGUUUGUAGUGCAAAUAUCUUUAUACACUUAAAAUAAGACAAAAAUAACUUACAAACUGAAACCUGACAUCAGAUAAGUCUGAGGCAACAGAGGAGUAGACGUGAGAAACACUACCACCUGCAGGUUGGAGUUAGCAUCGCUUAACUCUGAUGUUUUUGACCAUUUUUGCAGAAAAUUUGCCAUAAACUCAAAAUUAUGAGUUAGCAAAAAGAAGUGUGGGAGAAUUUGUUGAUUUCCCGUAAAAUCACAAACUCUGCUUUGAUUUGACUGAUAAAAUAAUCUUGAACAACUGCUAUCUUGAAGCUUCUAUUCUUCUGUUCCUCUGGAGACCAGAGGGCCACAUAUAAAGCUACAGCGGGCCGGAUUUGGCCCCUGAGCCUUGAGUGUGACUCCUGUGGUUUAUGUCAUUUUCCUGCUGGAAGCUGACAUUCCACUGCAAGUCUUUUCCAGCCUCUAACAGAUGGCAAGAUUUCCCUCCGUCCACCUUGCUUAAAAUAAAUCACUCCCUUAGCAUGAUACCGCCCCCACCACGUUGUGGCGUGUGGUUGGCGUGUUCAUGGAGACGUGCAAUGUUAGUUCUUCUUAGAUUAAUUUCGAUUUCAUCUCAUCAGACCAUGUUUUCCCACAUCUUUCUUCUUGUCACUAGAAACAAAAGACAGACCAAAUUCUGCUGAAUCCAAAUGCACGCCGCACUUUUCAUGUUUUUUUUUCUUGUUAAAAAAAACAUUUGUAAACAUUUGUGAAAAAAAAAAAAAAAAUUCUUCCACUUAACAAUCGCAUACCGGUGUGUAGGCCUGUCACGUACGUAACUAACAAAAUGCGUUGAGAUUCGUUGUUGUUGGUUGUUCUGGGACAAAAUGCUGGGAAAGUUUCACGGUUAGCUUUUGUGAGGCACUGGAACUUGAAUCGGUGCGCCGUCUGUCCAAACCGACCACUUCACCUCAGAAGAGAAACAUUUUAAUGCACCGGUGUUGUAAAUAUUCCGCAACCAGGUUACGGACGGCCUCAGCUGUACGUACAUGACAGCAGAAGUCUUGUCUUUUCACCACACACUUGCAGUAACUGUGUGACUUUAGCUUUAAAUGUUUUCUCAGAGAAGCUGCCUUGACGAUUUCUCAGUCAUUUUUAAAGGUUUAUUAUUUCUCC